UCUUUCUGGAGGGGAUCUUUCUGAAGGAGAUCUUUGCCAUCCAAAGAUUUCCCCUCUGUUCCAGAGAGGAGUGAUAGCUGCAAGGUGGAACAGCUCCUACAUUGCCGAGGGAAUGGCUCUGCCACCGAGGAUUGUCUCUCCCUAUGAGAAGAUUUGCAUGGACUGGCAGCAAAGACAGAGACCUGGAGCAGGGCUCUUCAACCUGGGCAAUACUUGCUAUGUCAAUGUUAUCCUGCAGUGCCUGACAUACACCCCGCCUCUGGCCAACUACCUGCUCUCUUCCAAGCACAGCCAGUCCUGCCAGCAGCAAGGUUUCUGCAUGAUGUGCACCAUGGAAGCGCACGUCAGGAAAGUCCUGUGCUCCUCAGCCAGUGCCAUCCUGCCUGGAGCUGUCCUCAGGGACCUCAAAUUCAUAGGAGAAGAGUUUGAAUACGGCAGGCAGGAGAACGCCUACGAGUUCUUGCGCUGCACUCUCAGCGCCAUGCACAGAGCUUGUCUCAGUGGAAGCAGCAACUUGGACGUCUCUUCACAACAAACUACCAUCGUCCAUCAAAUAUUUGGGGGCUUCAUGAAAUAUACAGUCACGUGCUUGAGCUGCCAAGCAGUUGUUGCUUCCUACAAGGCCUUCCUGGAUGUCUCUUUGGAUAUCAGAGCAGCCUCAUCCCUCACCACAGUUCUGGAGGGCUGUGUGACACCCAAGCAGCUGGAUCAGAAAGAGUGCUUCAGAUGUAGCAAGUGUAAGAAGAAAGCUGCUGCCUCCAAGAAAGCUACAGUCCAUCGUGCACCCAGAGUCCUCACACUGUGUCUGGAAAGGGCUGACCAAUUGACUGGCACAAAGAUCAGCAAGUUUGUGGAGUAUCCUGAGUACUUGGAUCUUCGGCCAUACAUGUCUGACACAUCUGGAGAACCCCUCCUCUGCUCCUUAUAUGCCAUCGUGGUUCACAGUGGGGACACCUGUCUUGAAGGACACUUCUUGUGCUACACAAAGGCCAGCAAUGGGCUGUGGUACAAGAUGGACGAUGAGUCUGUGGAUAACUGUGACAUCCACACAGUUCUAGGGCAGCAAGCCUACUUGCUGUUUUAUGCCAGGUGCUCGGAUUUGAAAAUGAGAGGAAUGACAGUUUCCUCUCCAGCACCACCGCAUGCCCAUUCCAAGCUCGGUCAGGGAGCAGCCAGGCAGCAGCAGGCAGGUUCUGCAGCACCACAGGCUCUGCCUGGCAGGAUGAAGGUGGUGCACAGGCAGAGGAACUGUGCCAGGGAGAGGGCCCGCAGCAGAUCCCCACAGCGGGGCAACGAUCUCUUCAGCUGGAUCAUGAACAGCAACAACAGCAAUUCAACAGGAAGGAGGAGGAAGAGAACCAGUCCUUUAAACCUUGACUGUGUUCCCAGGAGUGCCACAGCUCCGGGGCCCUCCAACAGGAUCUGCCAGCAGGUGCCUGUACCAAGCCUUGCUUGGGUGCAAACCUUGCCAGUACAGAGAGGGAUGGGCAGAUCCUCAUGGCAGGACUAUGGUCUCUGGAGCCAGGUUGUGGAGAUCAUGAACUCUUACCAGUCAGUGUGGAGGUCUGAGCAUCCCAGAGAUGUGUAUCAGACAAACACAGCCUGGGUGAUGCAGCAGCACAGCAUCUGAAAUGAACAACAACCCAGCUGUUUGGAAUCAACAAGCAGAAAAGCCAA